UGUCUCUUGGCUGGACUCGGGGCCGAAAUCGAGCCAUCCCGGUUGCAGCAGUUUAUGCCAUAGGGUCAGGAGUCAGGAGCAAUGGAUCCCCCCAACUACCUGGAAGACGACUAUUCCAGCCUGGAUGGGCUGGACGAUGAUGUGUUUCACUCUGACUUUGGACUCACAGGUCAGCCUGGUGAGAUGACCCCUCCUGGCAUUUUCACACAGAACAAAUCCUACAGCUGUCUCCUGGGGAGGUUUCAACUGUUCCCCCUCACACACUGCUGUGGUCCAGGUAUCAGGCAUGCUGAGCAGCAGGACAAGGCAACCCAAACACUCAGUCCAUCCUCUUCCACUCAGGAUGUCAUGUUGCCAUGUGGAGUCACUGAAGAGCCCCAGAGACUCUUCUAUGGGAAUGCUGGGUACCGUUUACAUGUCCCCCCAGUUGGCUUUGCAUUGAAUCCGCACCUCCAAGAGGAGCCUCGGGAAGGUCAACGGGAAGCACUUGCUGAGGUUCAGAUUGCACGGAAGUUACAGUGCAUUGCAGACCAGUUCCACAGGCUCCACAUACAGAGGGUAGGCGCUCUUUCUGAGGGGAGAAGGGGAUUUGGUUAUCCAGCAUCAGCAGAACAGAAAUCAAGUGUGGUGGCAGAUCCUUCUCUUUAUACAUAACUUGGCCUUAAAUGUGGAGGUGAACAGGAACCACGUAGGUCAGAGGUGAAACUCCUCCACCUGUUCCAGGUCACAUCCAGUCUACAGGGAGCACUGAACAAACACUGGUCUAGGGGAGAGAGACAUGCACGCCGCCGGCCGGAUGUGAGGACUCUGUCAAACUUUUACUCAUCUUCUCAAGCUUUUUUUUUUUUUUUUCCCCCUCCCCAUUCCGCCCCCAAGGACUCUUCUUUACUGCUUCUUGCCUGAUGAGGCUGGGAGCUAUUGUCCAACACUGUUGAAGGAAAGUCUUAGAAUUUGGAUGUGUUUGGUAAAGCUUGCUGCUGAUUCCCCAAAUCAGUAACCUCUAUGCAAGUGAGGCAAGUAGUAGAUGAACAGGUUCCUCUGCUCUGUGUUGUUGAGUAUUUUUUAUUUUAUUUUAAUUGAUAGAAUGCAGCGUUUUGUAAUUUUGGCUGCUGGUUAAUGGUGGUGUCUAGGACUGAUGGCUCUAAGUGUACUUUGGGCUACUUCCAAAUUAGAGACACUUGACUCCUCUAAGGGAUAACUUUUUGAAAAAAUGUUCUUUUUAGAAACAAUUACACUUAAGUAGCUCAUGUACAGCAGCAGGUGAGUCACUGAUUAUUUCCCUGAAUUUUAUUACCAGGGAAACUUGUAAAAAUCUAGUUUUGUUUAAUGACUUAAUUGGCCCAAGUUGGACAUCGUUCACAUGAAGUCGCUCUUUGUCAUUGCCACUAAUAGAUAGAAUUGUUUCUGUUAGAAGAAGAGUCUUCAGAAUCUUUCAUAAGAUGUUGGUGACUCUUCAGGAUCUUUGUGCAAAGGGCUGUUUGGUCCUGUACACUAUAUACUGUCCCCAUAAACCAGGAUGGAGCUGUUAAAGGUGGAAUAUAAUCUAAGCAUCAUUCUUCUGGAAUUGUUAAUCUGUAUAUUUUUGUUAGUGCUUUGGUGGAUUUUUUUUCCCUCCUCCUUAUCAUAUGCGCUGUUAAGAAGAUUCAGAUCCCAAGCAUCUGAUAUGUUUGCUUCGUGAUUUGACUAGGAGAUUAGUUAGUAAUUACUUUGAAUCCCGACACUGCAGGUUUGUACAAGUAAUCGCUCUAUUAUUCUAAUGAGUAAUACUGGAAGUGAUAUUAGUGUACACUGACAACAGAAAUACUACUUGGAGUGAUAGCUCAUUGUCAUUGACUUGUGACUGUUGUGGUGUUUUUAAAUCUGUUUGGCUGCCAGUCUUGGAACAGGGAUGGGGAACUACCUACCCCAAAAACUUGGGUUUCGUUUGUUUAUGAAGUGUGAAAUACUAAGGGAAAAGGAUAUAGCCUCUGCUUUCCACAGACUGUUUCCAUACUUGCCCAGAGCUAAUUCUAAAUCACAAAUUAUAAAACUAACACUAGGAAAAAUCUUUCUGGACACUUGCCCUUCAGUCCUGCUACAGCUGUCAACACAGAGGGGUUCUGGAGCUCCUGGUCUGCUCUGAAGCCUAAUGAACAGUAAAGAAUCACUGUAUUGGAAGAGGAGUUUUCUUGCACAUUCUCCUUCCCCUCCACUUCCCCCCUUUUCUUGCCCUUCUUUAAGUCUGUUUCCAUCUCUGAUAUUUGUAAUGACCCAAUUCCCAUACCCUCAGUAACCCCAUUAAAGUGCCUGGUAAUGAUUUGUAG